AUGGGUGCUCAUGGAUCUAACAUGGAUGAAAUCCUGGCUGAGGACAUGCAUCACUGGUACAAUAAGUUCAUGAAGGAGUCUCCUUCAGGGCUCAUUACCCUGUUUGAGCUAAAGAACAUGCUACAGAUGCAGGGUAUGACCGAGGAGGCCAGCAGCUAUGUUAACCAGGUCUUCUAUACUUUUGACAUGGAUGGGGAUGGGUAUAUUGAUUUUGUAGAAUAUAUAUCAGCUGUAAGUUUGCUACUGAAAGGAGAGAUCAACCAGAAACUGAAGUGGUACUUCAAACUUUUUGAUCAAGAUGGAAAUGGAAAAAUUGACAGAGACGAGAUGGAGACCAUCUUCAAGGCUAUUCAGGAUAUCACCCGGAUCUAUGAAAACCCUCCAGAGGAGAUUGUGACACUCAUUUAUGAAAGGAUUGAUGUUAAUAAUGAAGGUGAGCUGACUUUAGAAGAGUUCAUCACUGGUGUUAAGGAGCAACCUGACAUCCUGGAGAUGCUCACCAAGAUGAUGGACCUGACUCGUGUGCUGGAGAUUAUAGUCAAUGGACAGAGAAAAAUGGCUAAAGCCAGUGUGUGCAAUGCCGAGUCAUAG